AUGCUAAUAGAUGUCAUUCUUCAACUCAUCCUGUACAUAUUCGUCAUAGCCGAACAAAGCCAGAGUUUAUCUCGUCUUCAAAGAUCUCUUUCGCCAGAAAUAAAUCACUUCAAGGCGCACAAUUUGAUUGAAUCUCCGCUCAAUGUUUCGUGUUCCCAAUCGGUAUGCACCGGACCACUUGCUCCAAUUUACUGUCAUGGACCAAUACUCUACGCCGCCUGGCAGUUUGGUCUUCAAAAAAGCUGCCCAGGAAAUAGACUCCGAUUUCCUGCAUCUCAAGUUAUCGAGAAUUUCAAAAAGAUUGCAUAUCCGUUGAAAAUUGAGGAUUUUAAAUCAUUUUGUCAGGAAAACUUUGAGAAUCGCCCCAAUCUUCGCAUUGCAACACUUCAGGAUUUCAUAGAUGAUCCCAGUUUUUUAAAUAGCAUUGUCAAUCAAAAACACAGACAGUUGGCUUCGGAAAUUCACAAGAAAUGGAAACUUCUUGCUCGUGAGUUCAACGAAGAUGCCUUUGAAAAUCCAAAUAUGUCUCCCGUUCUACCAAUCAAAAACCCAUUCAUCAUUCCUGGAGGAAGAUUUGAUGUCUACUUUUAUUGGGAUUCAUAUUGGAUUGUAAAAGGACUCCUUGUAUCCGGUAUGACGAAAACCGUAAAAGGGAUGAUCGACAAUUUUGCCGAUAUUAUUCGCGAACACGGAAGCAUUCCGAAUUCGGGAGAUCUUCAGCUUUCUCAGAGAACCCAGCCCCCGCUUUUCAGUCAAAUGGUUUGGCAAUACACUUUGCGAACCGGAGAAUUCCACCGAGAAUGGCUGACGAAAAUUGAUGACGAGCUGCGAUUCUGGGAAACAAACAGGACUAUUAAACAACAAGGAAGAACAAUGUUUAUCUAUAAGGCAGUGUCAGAUUGUCCACGACCAGAAAAUUUUCUGGAUGACUACGUCAUUGGAAUGAAGGCAUCAAAUCCAACGCAGGUGUGGAGAGCAAUUGCUUCAGCGUGUGAAUCCGGGUGGGAUUUCAGUUCUCGUUGGGUUAAUCGAACAGGAGAAUUUGAUAUGAAGACAAUUCAUACAGAUGAAAUAAUUCCGGUCGAUUUGAAUGUUUUCGUCGCCAAAAGUUAUUGGAUUUCGGCAAAACUUCACGAACAUUUUGGAGAAAAACAAUUGUCAUUGGAAAACCUGCGAAAAUUCGAAGAAUUGAAGAACGCGAUAAUGGAAGUGUUGUGGGAUGAGAAAAGGGGAGCAUGGUUCGAUUAUGACAUCGUUUUUAGAGCAAAAAGUGUCGACUUCUAUCCUUCGAACGUAUUCCCGCUUCUCCUUGACGGAUUCGAAAAAUACGGAGAUAACGUAGCCGAAUACAUCAAAAAUGAACAGAUUCUCGAUUACAAAGGAGGCGUGCCGACAUCUAAAAAGCAAGUCACACUUCAACAAUGGGAUUUUCCGAAUGUUUGGGCUCCAACACAACAUUUGCUGAUUGAAAGCUUUCUGGCGUCAAAUAAUUCCUAUUUAAUUGAGAAAGGAAAAUCUGAAGCAUUGAAAUUUAUUGAAAAUGUCUACAAUGGGUUGCUGAACCCACCAAAAGGCUUUACUGGAGCAAUUUGGGAAAAAUACGAUGCACGGUCAUUGGAUGGAGUGCCAGGCGGAGGCGGAGAAUACAGCGUGCAAGAAGGAUUCGGUUGGACGAAUGGUGCAGUCCUCGAUUUGAUUUGGAUUAUGCGACAAGACGUGAAAUUGGAAAAACUGAUGGAUAUUCAUUUUGGCACCCGAAACCAAAAUAUUAUCUUGUUCUCUUCAUUCGCCUUCUGUGCAUUUAUUAUAAUAUUCGAAGGACACAAUCACGAGAAGAACGAAGUGAAAGCCGAGGGCUGUUGGAGGAAAACUCCGACGAAGACGUGUAGUCCGACAAAGACGUGUAGCGAUUCGUGCAAACCAACUAACUAG